CGGACUCUCGUUUCUCUCUCCCUCUCUCUCUCUCUCUCUCUCUGAAAAAAAAAAAACCAAACCCCAAAAAUCUUCUCUUUCUCCCCAUCCAAUUUCUUUUAUGCGGCGCUGCUAAAAACCCUAGAUCCGAUCGCUUCCUUUCUCUCGGUAAAGAAAUUGGAAUCAUUUUUCUUUUUUGGUUUUGGAAUUUUAUUUUAAUUAAUUGGGUUUUUAAAGAGGAAAAGCAGCGAAGAGUUUCUGUUUCCUUUUCUUUUUUGACUGCGCCGCAGCCAUCGACGCCGCCAUGGUGGGUACUUUGCCGCCGUCCCUACAGUCACAGCCCCCUGCUGCUUCAUCUUCUUUGGCACCGGCGGGGGCGGCGGGAGCAGGAGGGGUGGUAGCAACCACAACUGUGGCUGCAACGUCAUCUGGAGGAGGAGGAGUGGCGUUAGCUGAAGAAGAAGCUUUAAAAAGAAAUACCGAUUGCGUUUACUUUCUCGCUUCUCCGUUAACUUGCAAAAAGGGAAGUGAAUGCGAGUACCGCCAUAGUGACAUUGCUAGGGUUAACCCAAGGGAUUGCUGGUAUUGGUUACAUGGGAAUUGCUUGAAUCCAAAGUGUGGCUUCCGGCAUCCUCCUCUUGAUGGAUUACUGGGAACACAGAUGCCAAAUCCUGUGGUAACUUCUGUACCUGCUAGUCAGCCAGCUACAACACCAGCAGCAUCUGUCUCUUAUGCAUCCGGUAAACAAGGAGUGCCUUGUGUAUUUUUUCAGAAAGGGAUUUGUUUGAAAGGUGAUUGGUCAUUCUUGCACGCAUCCAAUUCAGCCAACAAUAAGCAGAGUCAAGCAGCUAUCCCUGCUUCAGAACCUCCAGUAUUUAAGAAGACUUUUGGCAGUCUGGAGAAGGGCACUCAGGAUAAGAAAAUUACUCAAACAAGUGUCCUGAAGUCUGCAGAGUUGACUACUCAGGCAAAACCAAUACUUAAAUUUGAGUCUGCUCCUGCAAAGAAGGAAACUAAUAACAGUAAGCGUUUGCCACCAUCAGGUGUUGACAAUGAGCUUCGGGGAUAUAGGCCUGUGGAUACUGCUAACAAUGGAAACCGAGUCAUGACCACUCAUGUGCAGCAGCAGCCGCCUUUGCAAGUAAACGAUCAUACUACUACGUUGAAUAAUAAGGAUUUAGAAGAACCGUCAAGGGAGCCUUCCCCUGGUUUUGAUGUUCUGGUGGAUAAUGAGCUAGGAGAUUCUGAUUAUUACCAUACUGAAGAUCAUUUUGGAAGAUCAAGGGAUCACGAGGAAAUGAAUGAAUAUUAUGAUGGUCGCUCUGGUGAUUAUGGUUCAUUAUUAGAUGCUGCAGAUAUAUAUCGUGAUUCACGUGGUUAUGAUUCAUAUGAGCAGCUUCAGGGCCAGUAUGGCUGGGAGCAGCGUAGAUCCUCAUCAGAAAGGAUGUCUGGGGUUUUAGCUUAUCCAGAACAGAGGCGAUGUAUGGCUGAUAGCCCAGAUCAAAUUGAUGAAUCGGAUUUGAGACAUCAUUUGUCAAAGCAUAGAAGAGUCAAUGGCUUAAGGUCCGUCAUUAAUCAUGACUAUCCCCAUGAAAGACCUGAUGCAGGUCACCAGGGCUCUAGAAGGGACCUGCGCCAAGAUCGUGACAGACGGGAUAGCUCUCUUAGCAGUCGCCUCCGAGGAAGAAUAAAGAUUCCUGGGGCGUCAUCUUCACCAACUGAUGUAAGUGAUCUGCGGUCUGAUAGGGAGACAGAAAGGAGAAGGGAGCGCAGUGGAUUAUCUCCAGGGGGAUCACAGGUUCCUUCUCGGCUUCGAGACAGGAUAAAGGAAAAGUACAAGAGGAUUUCAAUAAUGAUGGAAGAAACAAUAGAGGUCUGCGCAUGAGAACAGACAUGAUAAGUGACAACAAUAUUGAUUUUGCUGCUCCAAAAAGUCUGGCGGAGCUGAAAAGUAGCAGCAAAAGUGCUGAUGGAAGUGAUCAGCAAUCAAUGGGAAAAAGGAAGUACUCAAAGAUUGACUAUCAACAGCAAGCUGGAGAGGAUCUCUCAUUUGAAGGGCCAAAGCCCCUAGAAGAGAUUUUGAAGCGAAAAAGAAAAA